UAAUAGAAAAAAAUGGAAAAAGCCAAAAUGAAAAAUGCGGCAGUCUGAUUGGGCCCGUUCUGUUGCACGAGGAUCCUCAAAGAAGGUCUUGUUCACCGUCGAUUAAACAACCUAUCGAACGGCUUCAAACCUCUAAGUCCGUCAGCCGAUUGUCUCCCUGUUUUUGACCCAAUCCCAUAUAAAUCACAGCUCCUUCUAACACAAACAAAAAUCCCUGAAUUUUUUUUUUUGUGAAAAAGAAAUUAACAGCAAGAAUUCAUUUUUCGUCUAAUUUUCAAAUUUUUUGAGUGAUGGAUGGCGGAGCGAAAGUGAAGAAGGGAGCCGGAGGAAGGAAAGGAGGCGGUCCGAAGAAGAAACCGGUUUCUCGCUCUGUAAAGGCCGGGUUGCAAUUUCCUGUCGGCAGGAUUGGUCGUUACUUGAAGAAAGGCCGUUACUCUCAGCGCGUGGGGACCGGUGCUCCCGUUUACCUCGCUGCUGUUCUCGAGUACCUUGCUGCCGAGGUUCUGGAGUUGGCUGGUAAUGCUGCGAGAGACAACAAGAAGAAUAGAAUCAUUCCGAGGCAUGUUCUUUUGGCUGUAAGGAAUGACGAGGAACUUGGGAAGCUUUUGGCUGGUGUGACCAUUGCUCACGGUGGAGUCUUACCCAACAUUAACCCAGUUCUUCUGCCAAAGAAAAAUGACAAGGCGCCAAAGGAACCUAAGUCGCCAUCGAAGGCUACAAAGUCUCCAAAGAAGUCACCUAAGAAGGCUUAGUCUAGUCUUUGCUUCUUAUUUCUCUUGUCUAUGUAGCUUCCUUUGUGAGCUUUCCUUGUAGAAAAAAUGUGGAUGUUGGUAGGAAUUUAGGGCCAUUGUACUUCUAAUUGUCUGUGUUGUGUAGAACAUCCUAUGUUUGGAAUGAAUCAAAUGAAAUUUCCAUGAUCUAAUUCUGUUUUUA